CUAAAUAUUAAAUCAAAAAGUAAAAUGUAAUUUAUUGACUCAUUUUAUGUAUAAACAUACCUAUUAAGAGUUAUACAUCAUUUCUAUAUACAAAAUACUAAUAUAUUUUUUUUUGGUAAAUACAUUUGUACAUUAAAUUUUCAAAUUUGAAUAUGAAAAUACAUUUUAAGACAUGCGGUAUGGCAGAUUUUGUAAAUGUUCAUGUCGGUUCAUUUGUCUCACUGCAUAGAACAAUGCGUAGACAUAGACGUCGAAUUCAUCCAGUCACUCCUCAGUCUAUGACUGAAUUCCACUUACAAUUAACAGGAGAAUAUGCGCACUUGUCUAUGAUACAAAAUGAACCAAUAUACUCUGGCAUUGUUGGUGCAACUUUAGAAGAAGGAACCACUUUAUUUUUCAUUUUGCCUGGAAUCAAAAAUUUACUUAGGACUGGUUCUACUUUUUUGUUGGAUGGCACAUUUUCUAGUUCACCAAGUUUUGGAAACGAAUGCCACCAAUUAUACAUCAUAAUGGGCAUAACAUUUAAUACUGUAAGUUUUGUAUGUAAUUUGUAA